AUGGGUCUCUUCGAUUACUUCAACAACGAUGAUUCGGGCAAUCAACAAGUCUACAACCUCGACCCAAACAAUGAAGAGCACAAAUCCAAGCUCUCUCACGAAUUGAUCGGCGGUGCUGCCGGAUUCGAAGCUAUGAAAGCUUAUGAGAAUCACUUGAGAAACGAGGGUAAACCUCCUAACCACGCCUUCGCUAAAGAGCUCAUAGCUGGUUUCGCUGCUGCUGAAGUAGACAAGCUUUUCGAGACCAAAGGUCUCGACGCCUACGACAGAGAAGAAGCCAAGAGACAUGCUAAAGCACAAGCUAUCGAGGCUCUCAACCAAUCUGGACAAUACUAA